ACUUUUUAGCAAUAUAAAUACAACCAUUGUUAGUAUAUUUGCCAAAUACAUUGUGAGUUAAUAACAACAAAAAUGAAAAUGAAUGAAUCAUGCAAAGCUAUUGCAUGUUUUUGGCUUAUGAGUUUCUUCAUUUUGAGUGUAGCUGAACCUACGAGGCCCCAACUGACUACAGAUUUUUAUAGGACAUCAUGCCCUGAUCUUUGGACAAUAGUUAGGACAGAGGUUCUUAAUGCAAUGAAUGAAGAGAUUCGAAUUGCUGCUUCUUUGCUUCGCCUUCAUUUUCAUGAUUGCUUUGUAAAUGGUUGUGAUGGUUCAAUUCUGCUUGAUGGCGACCAAGAUAGUGAGAAAUUUGCUACACCUAACUUGAAUUCUGUAAGAGGAUUUGAAGUAAUAGAUAGAAUCAAAACUUCAUUGGAGCAUUCAUGCAGUGGAGUUGUGUCAUGUGCUGAUAUAUUAGCCAUAGCUGCCAGAGAUUCUGUGUUCCUAAGUGGGGGUCCUUUUUGGUAUGUUCAACAAGGACGCAGAGAUGGAUUUGUGUCAAAUAAAACACUUGCAAAUCUUGCAAUUCCUUCUCCAUUUGAUACAUUAGAUACUAUCAUUUCUAAGUUUGAUGAUGUUGGACUCAAUGUCAAAGACGUUGUUACUUUAUCAGGUUCCCACACAAUUGGAAGGGCAAGGUGCACAUUUUUUAGCAAUAGAUUAUUCAACUUUUCUGGCACAGAAGAACCGGACAAUACUAUAGAAUAUGAAAUGCUUUCUGAAUUGCAAAAUUUGUGUCCACAAGAUGGAGAUGGAAACACAACUACUGUUUUAGACCAAAACUCAAUUGAUCAAUUUGAUAACAAUUACUUCAAAAAUUUACUAAAUGGAAAAGGUCUUCUUAGCUCUGAUCAAAUUCUCUUUUCAAGUGAUGAUGAAACUACUUCAACCACUAAACAAUUGGUCACAUCUUAUAGUGAAAAUGAAAGAUAUUUUUUUAUGGAAUUUGCAUAUGCUAUGAUUAAGAUGGGGAAUAUUAAUCCACUUAUUGGUUCUGAGGGAGAGAUUAGGAAGAACUGCAGAGUGAUUAAUUCUUAAUGAUUUUAAUGUUAUGGACAAGUACAAGAAUUAGGAAACAAAUGAAGCAUCUCAAAUUAUAUACUAUGAUUUUAUUAGAGUGGGGUUAUGUUGUAUAAUAAUGAAAUUAAAGUUGUGGGUGUGCUCAUGUGUAUAUUUCAUGGUUAAAAUAUUAUAGUGUUGUUUAAUACUCCUUGUUUUGUUACAAGAAUAAAGUUUGAAUAAACCUCUAAUCUAAUUCCAUUAGAUUCUUG